AUGAUUGAGUAUUUACCGAUUCCGAGUCACUAUGAACUCCUUGCUGUUAUUGGUAAGGGAAGCAGGGAAGUUGCUGCAACUAUUUACUUAGCAAGACAUACACAGUCAAGUACAUAUUUAGCUGUUAGAACUUGUAAUUUAGAUAAUCUUUCUGAUGAAUUAACAAUUUUACAGCAUGAAUUUCAUCUUCUAAGGAUAGUACAGCAUGAAAAUAUUUUACCUUUUCAUUGUGCUUUUGUUCACUGCAAUGAAUUGUGGGUAGUGAUGCCACUCAUGGCUUAUGGUUCGGCUAAGGAUGUAAUAGAAGCACACUUUGUUGAUGGACUCGGCGAGUUAGCGAUAGCGUUUAUAUUACGUGAUGUCAUCACAGCAUUAGAUUAUAUACAUAGAAUGGGAUGUGUACAUAGGAGUAUAAGAGCUGGUCAUAUGUUGAUUUCAGCCGAUGGUAAAUGUUACCUGUCUGGGUUCCGUAGCGCGAUAUCAUUGGUAAAGGAUGGUAAAAAACUGAAAGCUGUGCAUGAUUUCCCACGGAAUGCAGUCAAAUCUUUACCAUGGUUUGCACCAGAAGUUCUUGAACAGCAUGUAUUGGGAUACGACUGUAAAUCUGAUAUCUACAGUAUUGGUAUAACAGCAUGUGAAUUAGCCAAUGGUAGCGUGCCAUUUUCUGAUAUGGUACACACUAAGAUGCUGUUAGAAAAAAUCAAUGGUACAACACCCAGACUUUUAGACAGUACAACAGCAUGUCUUGUUGAAGACCAGCUUAUGAAUGAAAGUUCCGGUGCUGCUGACAGUGGUCUUGGAAGCAGUAUGGCUGCGUCUAGUGUCUAUAAAAACAAUGAUCCUAACAGUCCUUUCAACAGAACUUUUUCUCAGAAUUUCCAUAAUUUUGUGGAGCUAUGUGUAAAGAGUGAUCCUGAUGACAGACCCACUGCUAGUGCUCUUCUUAACCAUCCCUUUUUCAAACAAACCAAGAAACGUCCAAAUGACACCUUAGUCCAGUUACUUCACCCAGUUGCUCCACUCAGUGAUGCUAGCAAUCUACCAAAGGUUAAAGGCAAUAGUGAUGAUGUCACAGAUGAAUUGCAAGAAUUAACGCUCUCUGAUCUAUGGAAUUUUGAUUGAUGGAAUCGGGUGUGCAUAAAUUAUAAUUAUCUGGCUGCUUUGAGAAACAGUUACAACUGUGUGAUAUUGCCAUUAAGAUGCACCCUGCACUGUGUAAAUGAAUGAGUAUAUGCACUUGCUACUUUGUGAAAUGUUUUUGCCGGCACAACUAGAUUAUAUUGCUAUAUUGUCCCCACAAGUCUGUGGUAUUUUGCAGUCAUGAGAAGUUUUAUAACAUGCUUUAAUUUUCACGCAAAUUCGAUAAAUGGUUUAGAAUAAAAACAUCCAAGGGUAUUUUGCAGUCCAGUGAAGAGUGCAUGGACCAGGUAUGUGCUCUUGCAAAAGGAGAAUGUUUGCCUUCCUAACAUUAGACAAAAGAUCCCCUGCACUCUGGCACAGACAGCCAUAUUUGAUCAGUAAUAUAUUAUAAUCUGACACCAAAAACAAUAUACUCGUUGUCGCAAGGAUACCGCAAAGUAUGCACUCAGGCAGUACAGGUGUGCAUGCGUCAGUCUAUCUGAUCACCAUACCCCCUUUAUGCAUACUUAUUGUUGAAAAUGGGUAUAUUCUUGAUUAUCAAAAUUUUUACUGCUUCAUCAACAAGAUUUAAAAUUCACCAUUUCAAUGAGGAGAAUUGAAAUUUUCACCAAUUUGUUGGUAAACAUAUAGUUAAAAACAGAAUUAUUCAUACCCCUACUGAAAUUUCAAUGUUUUGUGUUUUUCUGGAAAACAACAGGUGGAUACAGAAUAUU